AAGAACGAACACUUGUUAGUGCUCCACUGUAACUGUUGCUGAAAUGCCACGUCUUUUACAAAAUUAACUUUAUUAGAACUGAAUCUAUCUAAUUAAAUAUUGACCAUGUGUAAUAAUUGGAUAAAUGUUUUAUUUGUUUUCUCGUUCUACGUACUGAGCGCUGCCUGGUCUGUUCAUGCCAGUUUACCUUGUGAUAACAUUCGUCAGGAAGUUACAGUGCCUCUACUUAUUAGAAAAAUCCCAAGACAAUUUUUGACUUCAUCCGAAAGAGAUUUACUUGUAAGUUUGAAAUGGCGUUCGGAAAUUCUGCGUCUGAGACUCACCCCGCAUAACAUUUCACCGGAAGGAACAGUGGCAGAAUGGCAUGAAGGGACCAAUUUAACGGAAAUAGAAACGCUUAGAGAUGAUACAUUAUACUAUCGAGGCAAUGUAGUUGGUAGAGACCAUAGUUAUGUAGCUCUUCAGAUCGACGGGAAUAAAAUCUCGGGGAUGAUACAAAAUGGAAGAGAGGGUAUCUUCAUCGAGCCACAUGGAACAGGGAUACUUACCAAUACAACGUUUGGUCCUCAUAAUCUAGCUAGCUGUGGACUCAUUCAGGCCCCUCCCAUGGAUUUAGGUCAGCUUUCACAUAGAACUCGAAGAGCUCCGGGAAGCUAUACGAAGUAUUUAGAGGUACUCAUUGCUGCUGAUACAUCAGUCGUGGACUUCAUUGGCAAAGACAGGAUCAAAUCCUACUUACUAACCUUGAUGAAUAUAGUGAAUACAAUAUAUCAUGACGAUAGUCUGGGGACAAAUAUUGAAGUGGUCACUGUCAAAAUAAUGUACAUGGACAAAGACUCAGAGAGAUCGGUAGUAAGUGAGAAUAAUCCUCAGAGUACAGUUGAUAGGUUUUGUCAGUGGGUUAGUUCCCAGACGUACAGAAGUGCCCGCUCAGGGCCUGGAGCCAACCAUGAUGUAGCUGUUCUUCUUACUCGACAUAAAUUUGCCACUGCUGGAUAUGCCCCUAUCACAGGAUUAUGUUUGCCUAUGAGGAACUGUGCAUUAGUUCGUGAUGACGGUUUUACAAGUGCGUUUGUUAUUGCACAUGAAAUGGCUCACAUAUUCGGACUGAUGCAUGAUGGGCAUGGUAACUCUUGUCACGGCUCGACAUACAGAACCAGCAUAAUGGCAACCGUUGUUCAAUCUUCCUUCAACCAUUACUGGUGGUCACCCUGUAGUAAAACAAAAAUGGCCGAAGUAAUCGGACAUUUGUACUGUCUGAAUAAUAACCCAUUCGUCGUAAUAAAGGAAGACCUUAGAAUUCCUCUUGGACAAAGCUGGUCGUUAGAUGAACAAUGUAGGCUAGAAUUCGGCGGUAAUGCUCGAUUUUGCAGGGCGUUUACUCACAUUGAUCCAUGUAAUCAAAUGUGGUGUACAGAUGAGACCAGGCGUUAUUCCUGCAAGACAAAGAACGUCGUACCUUUAGAUGGUACACAAUGUGGAGGCUCGCCCCAGUACUAUUGCCAAGGAGGGUCGUGUGGUUACCAUGGUUCUCAAUCUCCGAUAGAUGGCGGGUGGAGUCAGUGGACACAGUGGAGCACGUGCUCGGAAAAUUGUGGUGUUGGCUUCAAACGAAGGUCAAGGUCGUGCGACUCUCCAGCACCGGAGUAUGAGGGCAAAGAUUGUGAAGGUGAAAGUGAAAAUUCCGACACUUGUUUUACCCAGGUGUGUACAGAAUAUGUUGACAAAAGAGCGCUGCAAUGUAGCAUGAUGGACAUAGUACCAGUGCGGGGCAAAACAUAUACCUGGUUACCAUAUCAGACUAACAAAGAUGAUGAUCUAUGUAAAUUGACAUGUGUAUCUACUAGUGAUAAUAGAGUGGUAACGUUUGAUAGUCUCGUUGACAACGGGACACCAUGUUUCUACGGCGAGAGCAACUUUAUAUGUCUUGAUGGCACGUGCGCGAAAGUGGGAUGCGACGGUGUGCGUGGUUCUAAUUUAAAACUUGAUGAGUGUGGUGUUUGUCAAGGUAACGGUAGCACGUGCAAACACGUCACCGGCACAUACAGCAAAAAGUUCGACUACAGUGCAGGUAGCAAUAUCUACAAAUAUUUCCAAAAAUAUCUCAUUGACGAUUCUGGGAAACAGUAUGAUACAGUAGUUGUAUUACCAAAGGGAUCCAGGAACAUUACUGUAAAGGAGUUGGCAACAUCACCUCAUUUUCUUUCAUUACAAGACACCUACUACUAUAACUACGCCAUUAAUGGAGAUGGUAAACAAGGCAGUUCUAAGAAUUUUGUAAUUGAUGGGGCGUGGUUUGAAUAUAAAAACAACAGAGGGCACGAGCUGUUAACGUCAAAUGGGCCAGUACAUAGAGACGUUAAUGUUUUGGUAUAUCCGAAUCAUUGGCAACAUCCGGCACAGUAUGAGUUUUCCUAUACUGUAGACAAAGACGAUUAUACUCUAGAAAAGAACAAAUAUGUUUGGAAAUACGAAGAUUGGAGUCCAUGCAGUGUUUCAUGUGGAAAAGGUGUGCAGCAUAUAAUUUAUGGUUGCUAUGACAAAGUUAGUGAUGAAAAGGUGGAUGAAGAAAAGUGUCAGUAUAUCAAAGGUAAAGAUGCUGAUGAUGUUCCAUGUGAAAUGGUAGAUUGUUCUUCUUUAUCGUAUAUAUGGAGGAUGCUAAGAAACUACAGUGAAUGUUCUGAAUCGUGUGGUAACACUGGGGUUCGCCAUCAAAUGUCUGAAUGUGAAAGGCUGUCUGAUAGUGCAACAGUAGACCCCGUAUAUUGCAAUCAUUCUCCUAAACCAAUAAGCAUCGAGCCUUGCAACCGGAAAAAGUGUGAAACGGUUAAAUAUAGAUAUGAGGUAACAACCGAAUGGAGCGAAUGCUCUACGAGUUGCGGAACUACUGGUACCCAACAUCAGCUUUUCUAUUGUGUUAGGGAAUACAACGAUCAAAGGACAGAAAAGUCAGACGAAAAAUUUUGUGCUGAUUUAAAAAGUCCAAAGGAACCGAGACCUUGCAAUAGAAUACCAUGCAAAAAGUACCAAUGGAAAGUAACAGCUGUUUGGCUUGCGUGCAAUGAAACAUGUGGUACAAGUGGUGAACAGCUGAAAAGAGAAGUGUGUAACAGACUACAAGACAAUGUUAUCGUUCAUGAUCGUUUCUGUCUGCACCAGAAGAAGUCCUCUGAAUCUCAGCCAUGCAAUAGGAGAGCAUGUUUAGCUAGCUACAAGUGGGUUGUAACUAGUGAGUGGAGUGAAUGCAGUCAUACAUGUGGUAAUCAAGGGAUGAAAGAAAGGAAAUUGGCUUGCAAAAAUGUCACGUAUGAUGACAGAGAAAGAGAUGUUCCUGUUAAUUUUUGUGAUGUGGAUACAAAACCUGUAGAUCGGGAAGACUGUAACAGAACUCCAUGUGAAUCAUUUUUCUGGAGCUCAAACAGUAAGUGGUCUGAGUGUUCUGAAACAUGUGGUGACACUGGAACUCAGACACAUAUAUAUGUGUGUAGAUCAAAUAUGUCCAAUAAUAUAGUUGAUGAUUCGAGUUGCAAAGAUAUUGAAGUUAGUAGAAAUGAGAGGCCUUGUAAUAGAUUACCAUGCUUUACAUUUGAAUGGAGACUACAAGACUCAGUGUUCUUUCCUGAAUGUGCAAAAUCGUGCAGUGAUAGCUUUGUUGAAAGCCAAACACAGAAUAUUUCAUGUUACAAAGUUUUUGCUAACGGAGAUGAAAAUGAAAGUGACCUGGAUUCAUGUGAUCUUGAUGAGAAACCAGUCAAUACCAGACCUUGCACAGAUUUGGAUUGUACAAAGUUUCGUUGGAAUCGUUCAAAUGACUGGUCUAAAUGUGAUGUCCCAUGUGGUAGCGCUGGUACUCAAAGAAUGAAGUCAGAAUGUGUAACACUCGAGGAUGGAAUUAUAAAAGUGGUUAGUGAUGAAAAUUGCGGACACAAAGCUAGGCCGAUAGAUCUGACACGUUUUUGUUCAAGUCCAGCUUGCUACAAAUAUGUCGAUCGUAAUGAUGCUGGUUGGGGACCAUGUUCGGUGUCUUGUGGAAAGGGUAUUCAAGUUAAAAACCAGAAGUGUGUUGAAAUGAAUGGUGGAGCAGAACGCGAGGUGAAACAGUCGCAGUGUAAGGACGCAGGGCUGCUAGAAACUACACAGUCAUGUGAUUUAGGGCCGUGUAAUUUCCUAGAAUGGGGAGCUGGUCCUUGGUCAAUGUGUUCAAAAACGUGCGGGUCGGGUCAACAAAAACGUAUAAUAUAUUGUGGUGAUCCAACUAAACCAAGCGAUCAAACUAGUUGCCCUGGAAAAGCCCCGGAUGAGUAUAGACCAUGUAGUGAUGGACCAUGUGUCGUUGGUAAACCACCUAAUUGUGAAGCAAACCGGGCAAAAUUUUGUACCCGUGCCAACACCCGACUAUGUUCACACCCGGCCUAUGAACGAGUUUGCUGCGUUGCUUGUCAACAAUUUCAAAGAGACCAGGCAUGGAUUCGCCGACGACGAAGAUUUUAUAUUUUCAGAGGAUAAUAAAAAAAUGAAUUUGGACUGUUUCUUACGACCAUGCACUCUGCAUUGUUUAUAUGAUAUCAAUUUUGCUGUUGACAUGUUUUGUAUAAUAUUAAUACUGGUUGUGCAAUAUACAAUAAAAAAAACGUUUCAAUAAAUAAACGUUUUAACCCUUAGCUUACUUAAUAUCUUUCAAAUACUUGUCCAUCUUUUCAUCUGGACAAAACUAUUCAUUUAUAGAGAAUAUUUCAAAUUAUAUGUACUGACUGAAUAGCGAACAUGAUCAGACGGCACGGCUAAUCUUGAUCUGUACUGGCUGCAUGGCUAGAAUCAAGCUAAGCUAAGGGUUAAUUUACAUGUGUAUAUGUUUUAGAAAUAGCUUGCUUGAUUUCCUUUAUUAUGAAGAAAUAUUUACUAGGGUGUAUUUGAUUUCGUUAAUAAGAUUUUACCAUAAUAUUAUUAUAUUUGUAAAAUAAAAAAUGAUCUCGAUUAGUCUACUGGAAACUUUUUACUAUGACAUUACCAGAUUUUUUUUAUUUUUAUCUUUUUUAAAACAUUUUAAAAGUUAAUGUGAUGCAUAGUUAUUAGGUAGUAAGUAAAAUUAGGGAAAUAAUGGUGCCAAAUUCAAACAUCCAUGGCCAUGCUUGUACAAUUAGAGUAGAGUAUGAAAUGUUUGGUUUACUUUCUUUCAGCUACUGCUUUUUGAUUUGCUUGUAAACUAAAAUUUCACGAACUAUUGUUUUUAUACUUUACAUUUAUACACGAUUGCUUGACGAUCAAAGCAUGAUCAGACAUAUUUGAAUGUUAAAGUCUUACUGUCUCAAUUCAUUAAAAUUUUAAACAUUCUUAGAUAUGAAAGGGAUAUGAUUCAACUUAUAUGCCUAUGAGAAGAGAUAGGUUUCUGUAAUCCUGCGUUCAUUUACUCUCUAGAAUGUACUCCAUAUUUUUGGUGGGUAUGAGCGCGUUUUUUUUCUAUAUUUUUCUAUCUUAUUGUAUUAUUAACAAUUACAAUGGUAUAAUGAACAUAAGAUUUCAGUGUUAACUAGCGGUAACGACAGAUUAAUGCCGUCAACAGUCUACAAAGAAUUUUGCACAGGAUACUCAGAUUUUUGUAUCGUCGACUGGCGAAUAUUAGGAUAAUGAUUGUGAAAGACAACAAAUAAUUUUAUUGUACAUUACGAAUAUUCAACUAUGUACUGCUUAAGUGUAGACAUUUUGUCACAUAUGUGUUUACGUAAGUAAAUCUGUGUAAUUUUGGAAUAAAAAGAUUUUUAACAAA